AGUUAGGACUAUUACCAUUACAAAUACGUCACCGUAUUUAUCACGUUUCCACGCGAUUUUCAUUCAAAAGAAGCAACAAACGAAGCGAACGAGGUUGUCUUUCGAUUCCUUCGUGUGAUUCUUCUGAGAUUCCUAGGUGAAGCGCCACCGAUACCCACCGAGCUCCGGCGAAUCCCCGGUCCCGAUUCGCUAUACUGGAAAUGAAUACCGAAUAUGAUUAUCUGUUCAAGCUCCUUCUUAUUGGAGACUCUGGUGUUGGCAAAUCAUGUCUUCUUCUGAGAUUUGCUGACGAUUCUUACAUCGAAAGCUACAUAAGCACCAUUGGAGUUGAUUUUAAAAUUCGUACAGUUGAGCAGGAUAGCAAGACCAUUAAACUCCAGAUUUGGGACACAGCUGGACAAGAACGAUUUAGGACAAUCACUAGUAGCUACUAUCGUGGGGCACAUGGUAUCAUUAUUGUUUAUGAUGUGACAGAUGAAGAGAGCUUCAAUAAUGUGAAGCAGUGGCUCAGUGAAAUCGACCGCUAUGCCAGUGACAAUGUUAACAAACUUUUGGUUGGCAACAAGUGUGAUCUGACAGCAAAUAGAGCUGUGUCAUAUGAUACAGCUAAAGCAUUCGCUGAUGAAAUAGGCAUACCUUUUAUGGAAACAAGUGCAAAAGAUGCUACAAAUGUCGAGCAGGCUUUUAUGGCAAUGGCUGCUUCCAUCAAGACUAGAAUGGCAAGCCAACCUGCAAAUAAUGCAAGGCCUCCAACAGUGCAGAUCAGAGGACAGCCAGUUGCACAGAAGGGUGGGUGCUGCUCUUCCUAACCAGAAGUUAUUCAGAUCCAUUUCAUUUGGUCUGCUGCUCACCCAUUGCAUGUAAGAUUUUUUGUUUCACUAAAUAGUGGACCAAUGUCAGAAUUUGUCUGGGGGUUUGCAACUGACCUAGAUGAUCCCAUUCUUUAAAUAUACCUAAAUGAUAUGACUUGUUCAAAUUAUAAUACUCAUUGAUGCUAAAUCUAUUUUCCUGCUCAUAUCUGUUUCCAUUCAU